AAAAACCCUAUCUGUUUCGAUUCAUAUAAACACACCUGAAAGGAGUAAGCUUAAUAAAAAGAGUUGUUAAACAAGAUAAGUAUCUCCUCUACUCAGCGAGUCAGCGUCAGAUGACUCAGAUUGUGUGUGUUUAUUUAUAGGCUUUAUCGGCCCGUGUAGCCGUCUAUUCACGACUUCAAUUAAAGCAGACAGUCCCCACUGACGCCGCAUAUUCAACAAUCUCCACGUUUAUUAUUUACGGAGCCUCCUGAACGUUACAGGCCUCUUAUAUAUGUGAUUGUGUAAUUGCAGCUUGAAUCUGAUAGGAGAUAUAAGGAGUCAUGGCGCAGCAGUGUAUAUUAGUGACAGGGGGCGCGGGGUAUAUAGGAAGCCACACCAUUCUGCAGCUAUUACUUGGUGGUUAUAAAGCUGUUGUGAUUGAUAAUCUUGAUAAUUCCUCUGAAUUGUCUAUUAAACGUGUUCAAGUUCUUGCUGGUGAAUUUGGCACUAAUCUCUCUUUUCACCAGAUAGAUCUCCGGAAUAAGCCUGAACUUGAAAAGCUUUUUGCUUCAAGAAAGUUUGAUGCUGUUAUCCAUUUUGCUGGAUUAAAAGCAGUUGGUGAAAGUGUGCAAAAACCAUUGCUGUACUAUGACAAUAACAUCAGUGGUACAGUUACUCUGUUGGAAGUCAUGGCUGCUCAUGACUGCAAGAGGCUUGUGUUUUCGUCUUCAGCUACAGUUUAUGGUUGGCCAAAGGAGGUGCCGUGCACAGAGGAGUUUCCACUCUCUGCAACAAACCCAUAUGGGCGAACCAAGCUCUUUAUUGAAGAAAUAUGCCGUGAUAUAUACCGAUCAGAUUCGGAAUGGAAAAUUAUAUUGCUCCGAUACUUCAAUCCGGUUGGUGCACAUUCUAGUGGUUAUAUUGGCGAAGAUCCUCGUGGAGUACCAAACAACCUUAUGCCCUUUGUGCAACAAGUAGCAGUUGGGAGGAGACCUGCAUUAACUGUUUACGGAAAGGACUAUUCAACAAAAGAUGGUACAGGGGUACGUGAUUAUAUUCAUGUUAUGGAUUUAGCCGAUGGUCAUAUUGCUGCCUUGAGGAAGUUAUCUGAUUCUUCUAUAGGUUGUGAAGUGUACAACUUAGGAACCGGAAAAGGAACAUCAGUUUUGGAAAUGGUUGCGGCAUUUGAGAAGGCAUCAGGAAUGGAAAUUCCUCUGGUAAUGGCUGACCGCCGCCCUGGAGAUGCUGAGAUUGUGUAUGGAUCAACUGCUAAAGCAGAGAAAGAAUUAAACUGGAAGGCAAAAUUCGACAUCGAUGACAUGUGCAGAGAUCAGUGGAACUGGGCCAGCAAGAAUCCAUACGGCUAUGAGCCUCCAGAGCCUGAUACAGAGCCUGAUACUUGUCCAGAACCUGUUACUUGACUGGGGGUGGUUCUACUGGAUAUAUUAUGUACCUGUUGAGUAUUGCCCUCAUCGAUGUUAGAGACAUUCACCAUCGCAGGGAGAAGUUUAUCUACAGUUAAUUGUCUGAUUUUAAAAUAAAUGUAAUAGAAGUACAAGAAAAUUUCUUCUUUUACCAGACUUAAAGGAUUUGUUAUGUGUUUUUAAAGCA